ACACUACGCGGGCUAUUAGGGUCUGGGCGCCUCCUCAAGGCUAGCCAUUUUAAGAAACUAGUACCGCAAACGCCAUGGUACAUGUCGCCGUAUAUUUAACAAUUUUUUAUCAUACCGUACACUCAACUGAUGGUUAGCUAUGGAUUUUUCCCAGAUUGAUAAAGUUCGGUCUCUAAUUGAAGUGGACCAUUGCUACACAUCUUCAAGUAAAAGCAAUUAUGAUAGUGAUAACGAAAUAUUCAACUUGUCACCUUACCAUUCAAAGUAACUUGUUGCUAUUCUCUUUUUUAAAUCUUGAUAGUUUUGAAGUAGAAGAAAGUUGCUUAGAUGUUGGAGGACCUGAUGCUAGGUGUUCAUUUGAAGAGGAAAGAGUUAACCAAAAUCCUUCAUUCAAUAAUUGUUCGUCUGUGCCUGAGUUAUGUCAAACGUUUCCUAGAAGACAACCCAAAGAUGAUAACUAUACGUGGGUUUUGUGUGAAAGAAGGCAUUUGAUGCAGAUUUUAUCAUCUCUGAGAAAAGUUUUAAGAAAUGAAUAUUUUUACAGCCCUCAGUUUCAUGAUAUUAAUCGUCUGAAUAUAUACAAGGAACUCAGUCUUCAUCGUGCUGCCAAUACUCUGAGAAAAAUCUUCGCUGACCUUUUUUGGCACAUAGAAAAAUGUCACAGCAUUCACCUUUGGUGUGUGAAAAAUCUUCCAGAAACUCUGUUACCAAUUUAUUGUUCAGUUUUUUGCAUAUUAUGGAGAAAAAAUAAGGUUAAUCCAUUAUUGAAAGUGCUAAAUGCGACUCUACAAGAACGCUAUGUGAAUGAUGUAGCAGUUAAUCGAUUUUUAUCUGACUUCAGAUCAUCUAUCAAUGACGAAUGCAACGACGGUGUAAAAAAAACUUUGUUGCAGUCUUCUUCACGAUCAAUCAUUACAAAGACUAUACCUACUCAGAUAUCUUUAAAUCGUUCAACAAUUGGCGAUGGAAUAAUUCUAGCAUGUAUGACUUUUCCAGCACCACGUGAUAGUAAACGAUUACAAAAAUUACUCAGUUUACUUGGUGAAAUUGGACAAAUUAAUUUAGAAGAUCAUGAAGAACAAAUAUGUGAUAGUAUGAGACUUCGAUUACGAUUAUUUGUCCGACGUGUUAUUAAUUUACUUGAUGAAUACAAAAAUGAAUCUAUUUAUCUAGUUAGCUUCGGUGUUGGUUCGUUACUUAUGUUAUUAUCUGUUAUACAUAUACUUUCACUGAAUAAUUGUCGUUCAGAAAAUAAUUAUACCAAUCGAACAAGUAUAAAUGGAAUUAUUUGUAUUGGUUUACCAUUAAUUGGUUUAAGAGGUAAACGAGGGGAAUUGAAUGAUCCACUCUUAUCGAUACCAGCUUUACCAAUAUUAUUUAUUGCAGGCGCUAGAAGUCGACUUGGUGGUUAUAAAGAAGCUAUUGAAUUUCGAAAGAGAUUAUUCAAUGCUAGACGAAAACAACGUCAGCUAAUUUCUCAAAUUGAUAAUAAUGACAAUCAUAAUUUAAUUCAUAUGAAUUAUACUAAUCAUUUUCGGCAUAAAAUAAAUGGGUCAUCUAGCAUUACCCCUACUACUACUACUACUGUUGUUCAUGAUGAAUUGAAUUCGAUUUCACCAACUUUUGAUUUAUUAGUUAUUGGAGGCGCCGACCAUUUACUUCGAAUGCAACCAUCUGCAUGUAGGCGUUGGUGUACUACACAAAGUAGAGUAGAUAUUAGAAUGAUGAAUGCUAUUAAAAAAUUUAUAUGUAAAACUAGAAUACAAUCAUUUGAAAAGUUAUCGAUGGACUUAAUGUUAUCCCCAUUAACUCCCAAUGGUAAUAGGUGAUCAUGACUUGAUGUUAUGACGACAAUAAUAACACAUUCAUAAGCAUUGAAUCCAGAUCUUUAUGUUUACUCUACAUUGGAAAAAAUUAAAUACAAUUCCUCAUUUUCUUUUGUAUCAUCAGAGAGUGGAAUUAAUGUAUAGCCAUAUACAAAAUUCUACAUCGUUUUGAUUAGUAUCAAGAUGAUGAUACAUCCUAUCGUACAUAUUUUUUCAAGAAAAAAAAACACCUGAAAUAAUUGAAUUCAAAUGAAGUAAAGAAGUAUUGAAGAUCUGGUUUUUAUUAGACAAUAAAUAAACACUAAGGAGUAUAAUAUUAAUAUUUUUGUAUUUCGAGUUAUUUACAUUGUAAAUUUUUGUAUACAAAUUGUAAAUAAAUAACUUUACUC